ACCGAUGGUAAAACCCGCUUGCUCUUGACUUGGACUUGCUGCUGGCUGGUUUCCGAAACCAAGACCAGGAUCCCCUUCCCUAUACUCCCAAGACAGGAUGGUGAAGACGGCUUGCCUGUUUCCGCCCCCGGCUCUACUCUACCAUAUCCUUCUUUCUUCCGAACCAUAUUCGAAGAUCCAAGGGAAUCGGUGCAGGCUUUCCACUUUCCAGUAUCCGAACUCGACCCCUCGCUUAUGCUUAUGAAUGAUCGUGAGGCCUGUUGUCUUGCGGAGUGCUACUCAAAAUCCUACUCCAAACCUGCUUUACCUGAUUUCGAUGUUCCGAACCAGAGAGAAAGACCCAGGGGAAGAUCAACUCCAACAAAGGCUUCUCGAAGACCGCCUAACUCCCAUCUAGACUACGCAAUACUUUCACCAAGGCCUAGCUAUGUCAGAUCCACGGGAAGAUCCCCAGCUCCAUUUCUUAUUGCGAAACCGGCGAAUCCAGAUCGACGACCUCUGAACUCCUUUCCCUUAGCUCUUGGCUUUCAAGAUUGGCAAGGUGCCUUCCUUGGAACUUUCUAUACACUUCAAACCCCAGGUAUUUCUACUGCUAAACCCAACUCCCUUGCCUUUCCAUCUUAUCUUGCUGAAUCCAAGUACAUUUCUGAACCUGAUGAGCCAGACCAAGGGAAGAACAGCCGGAACGACUGGAGCCCUCUUCCUUCCACUCCUGAACCCGCCUUGGUACCUCUUAUUCUUAUGAGCCCUUUCCGUCUUAGCUCAUCGAUCGAAGGACAGGAAAAAGCGAUCGCUUUCUGGCUUGUUCACGACCCGAGACCCCUUGCUUGUGAUUCCACCUCAGAGAAUGGGGAAGGACAGAAAGUGAUACCGAACUUAUGGCUUAUUACG